AUGUCUGACAAACCUCGAACAGAUGGGUCUUCCCCAACAUGCAGAAUCCUACAGGUAUACCUGAAGAAGGUCGCUGCCGAACCUAUUGACUUCAGUGCUUUGCAAGCAUUCAUCGAAGGAAAACAGAGAAAGCAGACCCCUCAGGUACUGAUGGCCAUCAAUGUUUUACAGCUAAUCAUUCACCAGGCUCCCAAUCUGUGCGUUGCGCCUUUAUUUACAGCCAUCGGUCACGAGUAG